AUGAAGACUCUGCAGACUACUAUUUUUUUGUUUCUGUUUGUACCUUUGGUAAAUUCAGCACCACCUAUACAGCAAGAAUCACUCCAGUUUUAUGAGUAUGAUACAGAUGUUACGAUGGGAAACCUGAUCCAACAAGAUUAUGAAAUGCAAUCCAAGGAUAUAAGAAAGAAAGAGUAUGUAAUCCUCUAAAAUCCCUACAGUAUUCAACUUCAAGGGGAUGACAGCGAGCGCAAUGUACCACCAACAAAGGAUACAAAUUUGCCUACGUGCCUGCUGUGCGUGUGUUUAAGCGGCUCGGUGUACUGCGAGGAGAUCGACAUCGAGGCGGUGCCCCCCCUGCCGAAGGAAACUGCCUAUCUCUAUGCACGAUUUAACAAAAUCAAAAGGAUAGCGGUCUCAGAUUUUGCUGACAUUACUACCUUGAGAAGAAUUGAUUUUAGUGGAAAUAGGAUAGAAGAAAUAGAAGAUGGAGCUUUCUCAAAGCUUCUGCUAUUGGAAGAACUUUCUCUUGCUGAAAAUCGGCUUGUAAAACUUCCUGUUCUACCUCCCAAACUAACAACAUUUAAUGCAAAUCAAAACAGAAUCAAGAGCAGAGGAAUCAAAGCAAAUGCUUUCAAGAAGCUGACAAACUUGGCCUACCUCUACCUAGGACAUAAUGCACUGGAAUCUGUUCCCCUUAACUUACCAGAAAGUCUGCGUAUUCUUCACCUCCAGUACAACAAUAUUACUUCGAUCACGGACGACACAUUCUGCAAGUCCAACAACACGCGUUACAUCCGCACGCGCAUGGAUGAGAUACGGAUGGAAGGCAACCCCAUCCUCUUGGCAAAGCAUGUGAAUGCUUUCUCCUGCUUGAGAACACUGCCUGUAGGAACAUACUACUAG